CAUUCCUCCCCAUUUUUGCAGAUUUAAUAAACUCAUCCAGACCAGACCAGACUGCUUCUGAAAUUUGUAGUUAAUGGCUUCCGCCAACUUUAAGGUUGUCAUUUCAUCCAUUUAUCCGCUAGUAGCAGUCCUACUGCUGCUACUUUCGGGGGGUCCAACUACUUGCGCCGCCCAGGGCUCUUUUCGCCCGCAUGCCUUAGUUGUUCCGGUCACAAAGGAUGCUUCCACUUUGCAAUACGUGGCCAAAGUCAAUCAGAGAACCCCCUCAGUUUCCCUGAACGUGGUUCUUGAUCUUGGCGGCCGAUUCUUGUGGGUUGAUUGCGAUAAGGACUACGUUUCUUCCACGUACCGCCCCGUUAGAUGCCGCAGCGCCCAGUGCUCCCUAGCGGGAAACAACGGCUGCGGAAAUUGUACGGGCGCGCCCAAGCCAGGGUGCAACACUGACACCUGCGCUCUUUUCCCCGAGAACACCAUCACUCACACUUCCACCGGGGGUGAGGUGGCUCAGGACGCUCUCACCCUGUCAUCCACCGAUGGAUCAAACUCCGGUCCCUCCGCCACAGUUCCUCAGUUCAUCUUCGGCUGCGGCCCAACCUUCCUCUUGGAAGGCCUCGCCAGUGGUACAGUCGGCAUGGCUGGACUCGGCCGCGCUCGCAUUGGGCUCCCAUCCCAGUUGUCUGCUGCCUUCAGUUUCCACAAGAAAUUCGCCAUUUGCCUGUCAUCUUCAACCAGGGCCAGUGGUGUAGCAUUUUUCGGCGACGGCCCUUACAAUUUUCUUCCCAAUAUCGAAGCAGCUGGGUUCUUGAGAUACACCCCGCUUUUCAUCAACCCAGUUAGCACCGCUGGAGUCUCCAGCCAAGGAGAGCCCUCUGACGAAUACUUCAUUGGAGUUAAGUCUAUCAAGGUGAACGACAAGACUGUACCCUUGAACGCGACGCUGCUGACUAUUGAUAGCCGGGGCAACGGCGGAACAAAGAUCAGCACUGUUAAUCCCUACACGGUACUGGAGACUUCCAUCUACAAAGCAGUCACAGAAGCCUUUAUUAGCGAGGCUGCUGCGGGGAACAUCAGCAGAGUUGCUGGUGUAGCUCCAUUCGAGGUGUGCUUCAGCUCAAAGAACGUUUUCAGCACACGAUUGGGUCCAUCGGUGCCCCAAAUUGAUCUUGUUUUGCAGAGUCAAAGCGUGGUUUGGAGCAUCACUGGCUCAAACUCCAUGGUGUACGUGAACGAUAAUGUAUUGUGCCUUGGAUUCGUGAAUGGUGGAGUGAAUCCCAGGACCUCAAUUGUGAUCGGCGGGUACCAAUUGGAGGACUUGCUCUUGCAAUUCGAUUUGGCUACUUCAAGACUGGGCUUCACCUUUACGCUUUUGGGCUCUCGAACCACAUGCGCAAACUUUAACUUCACCUCCACAGCCUAAACUCUCUGUCAAAGAGUGGAUUGCUUCUCAAGUCACAACUCAUGCUGCUGCUGCUGCUUUUUGUGUGUGUCUGUCUAUACAUGAUUACUUUUGUUGUUAUUUAGCACCGAAUAAUGGCCUUAUGGUCGGUGUCUUUGGAUUACUAUACUAUUCCUUGGAAUAAAAGAUGGUUUUUGGGACCA